AUGGUCAUCAACUCAGGGACUGACUCUCUCUCCUAUCCUGCUCCUGCUCAGCCGGGAGCGGAGGAGAAGCCGACGAGGCAGAUCCCCGUGACACUCCUUUCAGGAUUCCUGGGUAGCGGCAAGACAACACUUCUCGAGCAUAUCCUUCAGUCGCCCGACCAUGGACUGCGCAUUGCCGUGGUGGUCAAUGAUAUGAGCAAGCUGAACAUUGAUGCUGCGUUGAUCACUCAUCACAAAGUUUCCCAGACGAAGGAAAAGCUCAUCCAGCUCCAAAAUGGAUGUAUCUGCUGUACGCUGCGUGGGGACUUGCUGUCAGAACUUGCUCAUCUCGCGCGCCAAAAGGAAGUGCAGUACGUUGUCAUUGAGAGCACGGGCAUUAGUGAGCCGAUGCAAGUAGCGGAGACGUUCACGGCCGAGUUCAGCAGUGCAAUGCUGCAGGCGGAUCAGGAGAUGAUGGUGGAUGAGGACAGCCGCAAGGUCCUGACAGAGAUUGUCAAUCUAGGAGGCCUUCAUACACUGGCGAGACUCGACACCACAGUGACUGUUGUCGAUGCGUUCAAUCUUCUUUCCAACUUUGACACCGCCGAGUUCUUGUCGGAUCGAUACGGAUCCAAGGAGAUCAUCCCAGAGGAUGAGCGUACCAUCUCCGAUCUCAUGGUGGAUCAGAUUGAGUUCGCAGAUGUUCUUAUCAUCAACAAGAUCGAGACCGUGGACGAGAAUACCCGAACAAGGAUCAGGAGACUGUUAAAGACGCUCAACCCCGACGCCAAAGUUCUGGAGACGAGCUACUCCCGUGUCGAUGUAAAAGAGAUUCUGGACACCGGAAGGUUCGAUUUCAUCAAGGCUGCUUCGGGGGCCGGUUGGUUGCGCAGCCUGCAUGAAAUGACAGUCCAGAAUACUGGGAAUGGGCAGAGAAUGGCCCCGAAGCCGGAGACCUUAGAGUAUGGGAUUAACAACUUUGUGUAUACCGCUCGCCGUCCCUUUCAUCCUCGUCGUAUCUUCUCCCUUCUUCACGAUAAGUUUAUCCUGCUGCAAAGCAAUGAAGCUGAGGAAGAGGACGAGAAGGACAAUGCAGAUGAAGGAGAGGAGGAGGAAGACGAAGAAGAAGACAAUAUGGAAGUAGACGAAGACGAAGACGAAGACGAGAGUGAUGACGAAAGCAUCUCCGACUUCGACCAACCAGACCCGUCCGAGAUCCUGCAGAACAAGCGCAACCAUCCCGCCUUCGGCUCCGUUCUUCGCUCCAAAGGGUUCUUCUGGCUGGCUACCAGGCCCUUCCAAUUCGGAGAAUGGAGCCAAGCGGGUGGCAUGCUGACGAUUGGGUGCGGCGGGCCGUGGUUCGCAGAAGUGCCAGACGAGGCGUGGCCCGAGGAUCCAGACGUCCGAAAAUCCAUUGAGAAUGAUUUUCAAGAGCCAUGGGGAGACCGAAGACAAGAAAUCGUAUUCAUCGGUGAGGGAAUCAACACGGAAUUGAUAACGAAAUUGCUGGAUGAAUGUCUGCUGGAUGACGAUGACAUGAGCCGGUGGGCAAAGAUCAUGAAGAACAAGAAACUCUCUUACCGGGAAAAGGAGGAGAAGCUGGGAAAGUUGUGGGAAGAUGGCUGGGAGGCAUGGCCUGAGUUUGGCAUAGUGGAUGAAGAUGAGGAGGACAACAACGAGGGAGGGAAGAAGAAGCACAAACACCACACCAGCGAGUACCUGGGACAUGUCCACUCGCACUCCCACAAAUAA